CUUUGGAAAUGUUUGGAAACUUCCGGUGCACGUGUUGUACAGAAUGAUGUACAGGAAAGAAAGCUGAUAGUCUUAUAUGAAGUCAUGUCACAACUGAAAGAGAGUUUCGCAGUAGAAACAAAGUAUGAACCCAUUUUUACUGGCGGAAAAAUUCACAUUUCUAAAGAUGGAGUUUUUAUGUUCUGUGGAUGUGGAAAUAAAAUCCACAUACUUGAUAUAGAAUCAGGCCAAACCAAGAUCACAUUAUCCCAGGAAGAAGAUGAAGAAAUCACCCAUUUUUGUCUCUCUCCAAGUAAUGAGUUUGUAGUUGUGGCCACCAAGCACUUGGUAUUGAGGCAGUGGAACUGGAGAGAUAAGGUCCUUGUAAGGUCAUGGAAGGCUAUUCACAUUUCUCCUGUUGUGGCAAUGGACUUCGAUGUUUCUUCCACACUGUUGGCGACGGGAAGUUCAGACACAACCGUCAAGCUGUGGGACAUCGACAAACAGUACUGUACACACAACCUGAAGGGCCACACUGGGGUCAUCAGCAUUGUGAGGUUUCACCCAGACAAUGAGAAGCUGCAGCUGUUCUCUGCUGCAGACGAUUACAAGGUGAAAGUCUGGGACCUGAAAACCAGUAGGUGUCUGGUGACUAUAGAGGCCCAUUUCAGCGUGGUGACCAGCAUGGUCUUCUCACCAGAUGGUGCUACAAUGUACAGUGGAGGUCGAGAUCGCAUCGUGUCUGUGUGGAAUGUGGAAGAGCUGAAAGUAACCAAGUCCAUACCUGUGUUUGAGAGUGUGGAGGCAGUGAUCUUGCUGCCACAGGACAGAGAGUUUCCUGACCUGGAGGUUCCAGAACAGCAGUCACCACACAUCAUAACGGCUGGUAGUAAAGGAACGUUACGAGUUUGGAAUAUAGAAAAGUCUAAAUGUGUAUAUGUAAGGAAGGAGAUGAUAGGUCGAGCCAGUGACAAUGAGGAAGAAGAUCAGAACAUCAUACAGGCAUUGUACUGUCCAGCACUACAGAGUGUAGCUGUUGUUACCUUUGACAACAACAUUACAUUAUGUAAACUAGAGGAUUUGUCUGUCAAAAAACAGUUUUGUGGCAACACAGAUCAGGUGUUGGACAUCCAGUUUUUAGGACCCAAUGAUUCUCACCUGGUUGUGGCAACCAACAGUGAGCACCUGAAAGUGUUUGAAAUUGCUACCUGGAAUUGUCAGCUAUGCUCGGGUCACACAGACAUCAUACUGGGAGUUGUAGUUGACAGGAAAAGAAACCUGCUGGCCACCUGCUCAAAGGACAACACUGUAAGGGUGUGGAAGUUUGACCCAGAUUCUGGACGGGUCACCUGUGUCGGCGUGGGCCAUGGUCACACUCACAUUGUGGGCACUGUAGCAAUCUCCAGGUUAUCGGCAGCCUGGAUUAUCAGUGGGGGCCAGGACUUUACCUUGAAGAAAUGGAAGCUUCCCCAAAUGUUGGAUGAAUCAUCUGCUGAUCUGAAGUGUACACAUACAGAGAGGGUUCAUGAAAAAGACAUCAAUUGUGUGGUGGUAUCCCCUAACGAUAAAUACCUAGCAACAGGGUCACAUGAUCGCACUGCAAAGCUGUGGAAUGCAGACACUUUUUCUCUGGUUGGAGUGAUGAAGGGCCACAAACGAGGAGUCUGGUGUGUCCAGUUUUCACCUGUAGACCAGUGUAUUGCCACUUCCUCGGGAGAUGGAACAAUUAAAAUCUGGUCUAUACAGGGCUUAGAAUGUCUCAAGACUUUUGAGGGACAUGAUUGUGCAGUGCUUAGGGUGACAUUCAUCAAUAGAGGCAUGCAGCUCGUCUCAUGUGGAUCAGACGGUCUUGUCAAGCUCUGGGGGAUAAAGUCCAGCACUUGUAUGUCUACAAUGGACGAACACGAGGACAAAGUCUGGUCCAUCACUGUCAACAAAGAGGAGGAUCGCAUAGCAACAGGAGGAGCGGACUCCAGCAUUAUACUCUGGAAGGAUGUAACAGGAGAAGAGGUACAAAAGAAAGAAUCAGAAAGAGAAGAAUUCAUCCUUAAAGAACAAGAGCUCAGUAAUCUACUGCAACAGAAGAAAUACUUGAAGGCAAUAGGCCUGGCUAUCACCCUGGAACAGCCAUUCAGGGUUCUCAACAUUAUCAAAGAAAUUCUGUACCAUCCAGAUGGUAAAGCAGAACUGGAGAAGACACUGCAGAAACUGAGACUUGAUCAAAUAGAUUCGGUGCUGCGGUUUUCUGGUGAAUGGAACACCAACAGCAGACAUUGUCAUGAGGCACAGUUUGUUCUCAACACUGUGUUAAAGACGUAUCCUCAGGACGAAAUCCUCAAGUUUCCCAACAUUAAGUCCACUAUGGAGUCUCUCAUCCCCUACACAGAGCGUCACUUCCAGAGGAUGAACCGACUUCUACAGCAAGCAAUGUUCCUGGAGUUUACCUGGAGUUGCAUGCGGAGGGCCACCGACAGUGCACGAUCAGCAGAAAAUUCUCGCCAAGUCACAACACUAAAUGAAGAAGAACAAUUGAACAUCCAAGAGCCUCAUGACAUGGAGUGGGGAGAUAAGCCAUGUAGUGAUGACUCAGAUUCUGUGAAUUCUGGAGACAAACUGAACGCAGUGAGUGAUGAUGACAUUUCAGAAAAUGAAACAGAUCAAGAUGUUUCUGAAUCUAUGGAUGCUGAAAAUUCUGAACAGUCAUCUUGUGAUUCUAACCAACCUGAAUCUGACAUUGAGAAUGUUAAACCUGAUGAAGGGAAAGACCCUGAAACAACAUCAUCACAUAACACCGAUUCUGAGGAAUCUUCUGAAUCUAGUCUGGAUGUACCUCCCAGUUCAACUGUUCGAAUUACGAGGGGAAAGGACAAAUUAACCCAACAACUUAAAGAAACUAACAGGGUGAAAAGGUUACAGCAAAAAACCAGUUUGAGUGUGGAAGAGAACACAACAACAAAAAAACAGCAGACUGUGAAGGUGACAGCGAACAGGAAAAGGUCGGAGCAAAUGAAGCGUGACGCUGAGGAACAGCCGGUACCUGAACAGAAACGUGUGAGGAGGUCAGUGACAAGACAGAAAGCCAGUGUCACUGAGGAAGUAACAGACAGUGUUAACAAACUGAAACCUCUAACAAGGUCAAGGCUACAGAAGCAGAAAGGGAGAUAACUGUUAAAUGGAUUUUAUGAAUUGAAUGAAUUCUAAAAUAAUAAAUAUGUAUUUAAGGAAUUAACAAUUAUUUUAGUUACAAAAAAAUCUAAGUUUGGAAAUUCCCCGAGAUCAUUCCAAGGAGAUAUUUUGCAUUUAUGGUCAAGAAAACUUCUCUAACCUACCAAAAAUAUAUCAGAUUCUACAGUGUGUAUUAGAAAAUGUUCUACAUAUAUACACUUGAUUAACUGCAUUAAGUUUUUAUAUGGAUAUUAAAGUUUAAAUACAAAG